AUGAUUCUCCUCUCUGAAUACAAUGCUCUGUGGAAGGCCAUUAUUCGCCCUUCUCGAGACACUUAUAAUGAUAGCGAUCUGGGACCGGCCAAGUUCCGUAUAAGUGGCGUACCGGUGUAUCGGGAGGAUAUUGAUCUUAUUAAUUCACGAAUGCAACGAUUGAAAUGUAGUUGGUUUCAUCCGGAUUGGCAUUUCGAAAGUGUAGAGGGAAAUCGGACGGCUUCACCCUGUGUGGUGUAUUUGCAUGGAAAUUGCAGCUCCAGAGUAGAAGGCUUGCAAGCCAUUCCGGUUCUACUGCCCCUCCAUAUUAGUCUCUUUGUUUUUGACUUUGCCGGCUCUGGUCAGUCAGAUGGUGACUAUGUUAGUCUUGGAUACUACGAGAAGGAGGACUUAGCGACCGUAUUGGAGUAUUUACGAGGAUCUGAGCUCGUGAGCAGGAUCGGGCUUUGGGGUCGCAGCAUGGGAGCGGUGACUGCCCUGCUGCAUGGUGACAGGGACCCUAGUAUAGCUGGGAUGGUGAUAGACUCGGCGUUCGCGGACAUCCGAACACUGGCGAGUGAUUUAGCUGAAGAACUCGGGCUGAGACUGCCGGGCAUAAUGCUCAGUGUUGUGUUGGGAAUGUUGAGGUUGUCUGUUAGAAGCAAGGCCCAUUUCGACAUAUUCGAUUUGCAGCCUAUUGCGCAUGUCGAUCGAACGUAUAUUCCGGCUUUGUUUACGGCGGCUCGGAACGAUACUUUCGUCAACCCACGUAAUACUGAUGCCCUCUUUGAAAAAUAUGCUGGUGAUAAAAAUAUGGUUAAAGUAGACGGCAACCACAACUCGACUCGGCCGAAAUUCUUGAUGCAUUCAAUUGCGAUAUUUUUCAUCAAUACUCUGGGAUGUGAGGCGACAGUUGAUGCGAUAUUGGAUUUGGAAAGCCUCUCACCGUGUGGGGAGGAGAGGGUGAACGACGGUGAUGAGGAGUCGACACGCAACGAGGUUCGGGAUUUGAUACCGGUCCCGGCGCCUCCUCCUCGUCGAGAUCACAUUAAGUUUGGAAAUGACCGAUUGAUUGACGCUGGUAGGGGGUGGGUCGUCGGGUCGGAUAUGAAAGUUUAA